AUGGCGAGCGACUUCUCUUCUGCCAUGACCACCCGGUCGCUCCGCAUGGUCCGAACCGAACUGGAAUUUCUCGCCGAUUCCUCUGUCAUCACACGCCGUCAGCUGAACUCCAUACUCUCACAACUGCCCGAUGAAUCUGAGGCUCGUCCAAUCUCCAGGAACCAGCAGGCCACGCCAGUGUCACCAGCGCCCGUGCCCCUGCCAGAACCUGUCCAGGCACAGCCUCCCCCAGCUCCAUACUCGCCUCCCGUGUCGCAGAUGCACAAUAUCUCAUUCAAUGAGAAAGCCCCAGUGCACAACCAAUAUGCCUCUCCACCCCCUCAGAUGCCACCGCCAGCCUACCCUCAAGUCCCUCCCAUCCUAUCUGUCGCCUCAGCCCUCUACGCAUACACACCGACGGACGCUGGAGAUCUUGCGUUGCAGCCGAAUGACCGCAUUCAAGUGACCGAGCACAUGAACGACGAUUGGUGGCGCGGUCGCAACGAACGCACCGGCCUAGAGGGUAUUUUCCCUCGGAGCUAUGUGAAUCUUAUUAAUGAAAAGGGCUCUGUCGUGUCUCCUCCACCAACCAACUACGGAAAUAUGCCCCUCGAGGUCAGCCAGGGUGGACCGUCAGCACCAGAUUCAAAUGAUCCGAACCAGAAGAACAAGCUCGAGCAGGGUGGUAAGAAGUUCGGCAAGAAGUUAGGAAAUGCUGCAAUCUUCGGUGCUGGUGCAACGGUUGGUUCCAAUAUCGUGAACAGUAUUUUCUAA